UUGUAGACAGGAUGUGUAAGAAACAUGACAAGAUGUUAGAGCUCUUCUGCAGGACCGACCAACUGUGUGUUUGUCUGAUGUGUACAGAGCACAAGACUCAUGAUACAGUUCCUUUAGAGGAAGAGUAUGAAGAGAGGAAGGCUCAGCUGGAGAGGAAAAAGUCAGAAGUACAGAAGAUGAUACAAGAACGACAGGAGAAGGUUGAGGAGAUGAAAGCAUCAGUGCAGCUCAACAAGAAGGACACAGAUGAAGAGCUAGCUAAAACUGCUGAGGUCUUCACUGCUCUGGUGGCCUCCAUCCAGAGACAGCAGGCUGAGCUGAUGGAGGUGAUUGAAGAGAGGCAGAGAGCAGCACAGAAACAGGCUGAGGGCUUCAUCAAAGAGCUGGAGGAGGAAAUCACUGAGCUCCAGAGGACAAGCUCUGAGCUGGAGCGUCUCUCCCUCACUGAAGACCAGCUCCAGCUCCUCCAGAGCUUCCCAUCUGUCUCCUCCUCUCCACGCACCAAGAACUGGUCUGGCAUCAGUGUCCGCACAUAUCUGUGUGUGGAGACAGUGAGGACAGCUGUGCUUCAGCUGGAGGAGACAACCACUAAAGAGAUGAAGACUCUGCUUCAACACAUAGAGAAGACUAAAGAAGAUCUGCAGAAGCUGCCAGAAGACUUUAGGCUGAGGAGGAUCCAGCAGCUGUAUGCCGUGGAUGUGACCCUCGACCCAAACACAGCAAACCUUUACCUCGUCCUGUUUGAGGACGGGAAACAAGUGAGAUGUGGAAACACACGCCAGGAUCUUCCCGACAACCCAGAGAGGUUUGAUCACUGUAUCUGUGUCCUGGGAAGAGAAGGUUUCUCUUCAGGGAGAUUCUACUUUGAGGUUCAGGUGAAAGGAGAUGAGUGGGAUGUUGGAGUGGUCAGAGAGUCCAUCAACAGGAAGGGAGAUAUUUAUUACUGUCCAAGUGAUGGAUCCUGGGUCAUAUGGCUGAGAGAUGGAAAUAACUACGAGGCACUAGAUGAGCCCAGAGUUCCUCUCUCCCUGAGCCAGAAGCCUGAGAAGGUCGGGGUGUUUGUAGAUUAUGAGGAGGGACUGGUGUCUUUCUAUGAUGUGGAGGCCGAGACUCUGAUCUACUCUUUCACUGGCUGCUCCUUCACUGAGCAGAUCUAUCCUUUCUUCAGCCCCAGCUUGUAUGAAGCUGCACCUCUGAUCAUCUCUCCUGUCAAACACACUCAGUGAGGUCAGCUGGAAUCAGAAAUUUUUUCUUUGUAGAUUUUCACAUGAAUAUUUGGGAAGUGGUUGAGUAAAUCUGGACAGAUGGAUGGAGGGAUGUAAAGAGCAAUUAAUAAUAAGAGUAAAGGAAAAGCUGAAGUGAGGGUUGGAUUUAAAAUAGGAAAAUUUGGCGAGGACUGAAAGUGAGAAAGAGAGUUGGGAAAAGA